CACAAGCUCCGUCGAGAAGCGCCGCCUCCUAAAACCCUCGUACUCUCUCUCUCCUCUCUCUCCAAGGUCUUCGCCCCGCCUCCGUUGAUGGGCGGCGUCGCUAGGCUCCUCGUUCUCCUUGCCACCCCUUUCCCUCGCCCCUCCGCCCUCCGCCUCUCCCGCCACCUCGCCGUGCCCCUUGCCGCCCUGUCCGCCGCCGCCAGCACCGCUUCCUCCUAUUCGUCCCAUCACUUCCGCCCAUUACACCCGCGUCUUCGGCUUGGUUUCUCGGUUGUAACUGCAGAGCGGUUCCACACCCAGUUGGCCGGCGCCAGGGACGACCAUGGCGAGGCGGUGGCCUCGGCGCCGACCUCCCACGCCGGUUCCAUGCGUUCUUGGCCGGAGUGGAGGAAACUUGUUGAUUAUCUAGUCGCCGGAGGUUACUAUGAUAGGCAGGACUCCGUGGCUGUUGGGGAGGAAGAUGAUGAUUCGUUAUUGGCUGGAGAGGAUCUGACCGAGGAAUUUGUGAAGGCUGCCCAAGCCUGCCUUUCUUUUGCAAGAGAUAAACCUGAUUUGUUGAGGAUGCUGGCAAAGAAAGAUAUCGAGAUUAUUGUGGAGAAUGGCUCGCCAUUCUUGUUUAAGAAUGGUGCAAAUUCAGUAAGGCGUUUGCAGUCAUUCGUGGUUGCUGAUGGAACUAAAGUGCUUGAAUCUGAGAGGGCACAGACAGUUGACAUUAUGCGAUAUUUGUUGAGCUAUGCUUGUAGUUCUACUGCAACUCGUGACGAGAGCUUCUUAACAACUAGAGACCUUACUGAAACAGCUAUUCGAAGUCUGUUGGCUCAGCUAUUUAGAUUGAGUGUUACAAAUCCAGAGGCCAGGUUAACUGAGAUGACUCCUAGACAAACUGUCACAAAGCAGCACUUCUCCAGGCCUACUUGGCAAACUAUUGAAAUGAAAAGAGGUGACUGGAUCUGCCCAAAAUGUAGUUUCAUGAAUUUUGCGAGGAAUAUGGGAUGUCUUGAAUGCAAUGAAGCACGACCAAAAAAGAUCUUGAGUGAUGGAGAGUGGGAGUGUCCUCAAUGUGAUUUCUUCAAUUUUUCAAGGAACAUGUCUUGCUUAAGGUGUGACUUCAAACGUCCCGGAGGAAGCCCAUUUGGUACUGCUUCCUCAGAUGCUCAUUUAGGAUAUAAUGGAAGUUCAACUGUUGAGCAGAUCCUUAAACGAAGCAACCUUGAUAAGUCUGAAAUUGAGCGGAAGUUGGCUGCCAAUGAUGAGAAGGCAGAAAGAUGGUUCAGUAAAAUUUCCCAGCUAGAUGAUUCUGCAGAUUUGAGCAGUGCAAUAGAUGAUGAGGAUUUCCCAGAGAUCAUGCCCAUGCGGAAAGGGAUGAACAGGUUUGUUGUUAGCACAAGAAAAACACCCUUAGAAAGGAGGUUGGCUAAUGCUCAGAACAGAAGUAACUUGGGAAAUUCUGGCUUUUCUGAGGGUCAUGAGUUACAGCCUGGUCGAUCAAAUGGAAUGAACUCCCAUAAACCUUCAGAAUCUUCAAUCAGUCAGAUGUUGGACAGGAUACUUGGUCGCUCAUCAACUUCAUCAGAAACAAGCCAUCCGGUGGUUGCGGGAGGGGAUAAUUCUUCUACUGGGAGUAGAUUUAGUUCUUCAGAUUAUAGGCAGGGAAUGGUAAACCAAAGGACAGAUCCUGAUUCUGUACCUUUUGUGCCUUUACCUGCAGAUAUGUUUAGUAAAAAUUCUAAUCCAGAUAAUAAACAAUCUCUAAAUACAGAAGAUUCAGCUUCUCCAAAAGCUAGCCAGCUGGGUGAUCCUGUGUUCAAGGAGUCUGAAAGCUCAGCUGAAAGCAGGGACAGUGAUUCCUUUGACGCUUCCAAGGGAUGGUCUAAGAAAGUCACAGAGCUUGAUAAUGUCAGGGAUAUGGCAAAUGCCAUAUCUGAUGAUGACUUUCCAGAAAUCAUGCCCAUGCGUAAAGGUGAGAAUCGAUUCAUAGUCAGCAAAAAGAAAGAUCGUUCUCUAACAUCACUACAAUACAAGAGGCGGAUAGCCAUGGAGCAGGCCAAUAGUGGCAAUUUUGUUCCCUUUGUACCGUUUCCGCCAGACUACUUUGCGAAGAAAGAUAAGCAGCCUGAAACUUCUCCGACUGAAGGCUCUACAUUGCAUGAGAAGGCUCGGAGUGAGACUGAGAAGUCUGAAGAGUCCAUGACUGGUGUUGCUAACUCAGAAUCUGGUGGAAAUGCAACCCGGCAGCUGGAGAAUUGGUCUGCCAAUCAGUCUGACCAUGGGACUACUAGCACAAACCCUCCCAGUAUGGAUUUGACUUACCGUAAAAUGGAUGCUUAUAAUGUUGGAGGCUCUGCAAAUUCAGCUCAACCGCUGAAUACCUCAUGGAGAAACCAGAGUGAGAUCCCAAGCAAUGAUUUCUCUCAAAAGAACACGUAUAGUGGUCCUAGCGUUUCUGCCAGUACUCAGCAGACAGAAAAUUCUAAAAGUGCGAGUGAGGGCUGGAAACCGAGCUUUAGCGGAAAGAGCUUAGAAGGAUCUGCCGUCACCGAACCUGAUCCUCUUGACAUGUCGGAGGAGGCAAAAGCAGCAAGAUGGUUCCGUCGAGCCGCUCAGAUAAAAGAUAUCUCCGAACUAAGCAACAUUCCUGAUGAAGAUUUCCCAGAGAUAAUGCCUAUGAGAAAGGGGGUGAACAGAUUUGUUGUGAGCAAAAGGAAGACACCAUUGGAGAGGAGGCUGACAUCUCCUCAAUACAGAAGAAGCCUGCCUAUCGUUAGAUCUGAGCCCGAUGAAGAUGCCAACUGAGUUGUAGUAUUAUCUGCAGCCAGAGAAUGAUGCCAUCAUCAGAUGUAGUUUCACUGUGUCAUCAAUGUUGACUCGUCUACUACUCGAUUUUGUCAUGUUUGCCCUAAUAAUGAUCUCGAAUUCCUUAUUUAACUGUUACAUUAGUGAUUCAAAUUGGGAUAUAUAUAAUAUGUUACAUCUUUAUGUG